AUGGGUAAACCUGUCGAGGACCUGGCCGUGAUCCCCGGCGAUGACCUCCCUUGGUGGAAGCACGCCCACUUGCGGAAGCUCAAUUUCAUCACCUUGUCUAUGGUGUUGUUCUCUUCUGCCAACGGUUACGAUGGAUCCAUCAUGGGCGGUCUCCUCGCCCUUCCUCGAUGGAACGCCUUUACGCACAACCCCUCCGGCGCAUACCUUGGUUGGAUUACAGGUAUCUACUGGCUCGGGAACGGUAUCGCUUUCCCCAUCGCCGCCAUGUGCUCCAACCGUUGGGGUCGCAAGCCUGGCAUCUAUGUCGGAUACUUGUUCCUGGUUCUCGGUGUCGUCAUGCAAACGGCAGCCCAAAACGAAGCAACCUUCACCUACUCCCGUCUCUUCAUCGGUAUCGCCGCCUCGUGGCUCGGAAACUCGGCUCCUCUCUUGAUCAACGAGAUCGCCCACCCGAAGCAACGAUCCAUCGCCAAUGCCCUAUUCAUGGUCGGCUGGUACUUUGGCGGUACGCUCUGCGGUUGGGUCACUUUUGCCUGCCGUGACAUUGCCUCGGACUGGUGCUGGCGUAUUCCCGUCGUUCUUCAGAUUGUCCUUCCCUUCGUUGCCUUGCCCGGCUUCCUCUUGUCGCCUGAGAGUCCUCGUUGGCUGAUUAGUGUUGGACGCGUCGAGGAGGCCACCGAGAUUCUGGCUACCCACCAUGCAGGUGGUAACAGAAACGAUCCCUUGGUAACCUACCAGGUUGUUGAGAUCCAGGCCACCAUUACCGCAGAAAAGGAGGCUUCUUCCAGCGCUUCGUAUAUGGAUAUGAUCAAGACACCAGGAAACCGUCAUCGCCUCUUUAUCUCUGUUACUCUCGGUAUCUACGCCCAAUGGGCUGGUAAUGGCGUGGUGUCAUACUAUCUCCUCAUCCUGAACUCGAUUGGAGUCACAUCAGUCACGAACCAGACCUUGAUUUCGGCUUGCCUGAACGUCUGGAACCUGCUGUGGGCAAUCGCUGCCGCCACCAGCGUCGACAAGCUGGGUCGCCGUUUCCUGUUCUUGACUUCUGCCAGCGUCAUGUUGGUGAGCUUCAUCAUCAUUACUGGCCUCAGUGGUUCUUUCGCCACGACCCAGUCAUCGGCCAUCGGAUCCUCGGUCAUCCCAUUCUUGUUCAUCUUCUUUGCUGGAUACGACAUCGCCAUGACCCCCUUCCUCACGGCCUACCCUUGCGAGAUUUGGCAGUUCAGCCUUCGAUCCCGAGGUCUCACCGUCACCUGGUGCUCAACCGUCAUCGCUAUCUUCAUCAACACCUUUGUGAACCCCAUUGCACUGGAGGCUAUUCACUGGAAGUACUACAUUGUAUUCAUCGUGAUGCUUGCUCUUCUUUGGAUCACCGUCUUCUUCGCCUACCCCGAGACUCGCGGACACACCCUGGAGCAAAUGGCUGUCAUCUUUGACGGUGAUGAUGCUGCGGUUCCUCCUGCGGCUGCUGUGAGCGAGAAGACUGAGGCUUUGGUUACUCAUGGAGAUGAUGAGGAUAAGAGACAGUACCAGAGCGAUGCUGAACACAGACUAGGCCCUCAAAGUCAGGCACCCGGCCCAAGCGGCAUGACCGUUGAUUAUCGUCACCAAAGAUUCCAGGUAGCAGAUUCACCACGCAGCAUGUCAAUCCGGCUCAUCGAAACGGAGACUCUCCAGUUGAGGCUCUUUACCGCCAAUUUAGCACCAGCUUAUGCUAUUCUCUCGCAUACAUGGGUCGACAAUGAGGAGGUCAGCUUCCAGGAAUUCACGCAAAUUAGUGAAACACCAGAUCACAAGGCAUCGCGAAAGUCUGGCUAUAAGAAGAUCGUGGCAACAUGCCGCGAAGCCAAGGCCAACGGCAUAGCGUACGCAUGGAUCGACACCUGCUGCAUCGACAAGACGAGUAGCGCCGAGCUCGGCGAGGCGAUUAACUCCAUGUUCGGCUGGUAUCGUGAUGCCAAGGUAUGCUACGCCUUUCUCUCAGACUGGCCAGCCGCCGGUGAUAGGGGGGAGUCUACCGACGAUGCUUUGAAGGACUGCAGAUGGUUCACCCGCGGCUGGUGUCUCCAGGAACUCAUUGCGCCCAAGGUCCUCCGAUUCUACGACGAGAAGUGGAACUUCCGAGGACACAGGUCAGACUUCAGGGGCGCCAUCUCUAGAAUCACGCGGGUGGAUGCGGACGUGCUAGGGGACUGCACACUACUUGAUUCGAAGCCGGUGGCGCGCAGGAUGUCAUGGGCAUCGAGACGGACUACAACGAGGGUUGAGGAUAUUGCCUACUGUCUCAUUGGAAUCUUCGACGUCAACAUGCCGAUGCUAUAUGGCGAGGGCGACAGGGCAUUCCUUCGCCUGCAGGAGGAGAUCAUCCGGCGUUCAAACGACAUUUCCAUAUUCUGCCACGCGCCGCUGCGCCCUGAAUCAACGACAAAAUUUGAUGGUGAAGAAAAGAUGCCGCAAGAUCUUUCAGACCUUUAUUUCUGCGGCAUGCUCGCCAAGUCUCCAGAAGCAUUUUCUGAAUCCAACAGUAUCUCGCGUAUUAGAGGGACGUUGCUGGACGGACGAGAGUUUUCCAUGACCAAUCGCGGGAUCCGAUUCGGCCGGCGACGGUUUUUCGAGGUUCCGGAGAUUAACUGCCUGGGAAUGAAGCUUGACUACGCUGCUUCGCCAAAUUGCAAGAACCCAGAGAUAUUCAAUAACGAGCCUGCGGCUUAG